CCUACCUGUGAAAUUUCUCGCACAGGUGAAGCGGAACGUCGACUUUAAUCAAGUUUUAAACUUUAAUUAAUAAUGGAUCAUGUGUGAUUUACUUUUAAAGUGUAUUCAAUGUGAUUUUAUUGUACAGAACAAACACAGUUUUAGAAGCUGGUAGCAUGCAUUUUGUUGAAAUUCUGUGUUGGGACAGUUAAGUUGACAGUAAUUGAAUAUCCACAAAAUGGCUGCCAAAUUAUUAGGGGAGCGCCUUCCUCCUCAAUGGAGUUAUGGAGUAACAAGAGAUGGAAGAAUAUUCUUUAUUGAUGACCAGUCCCGACAGACAACCUGGGUUCACCCUUUAACUGGAGAACCAGUCCAGACUGGCUACUCAACACUUCCUGAUCUACCAGCUGGCUGGGAGCAGGCGCUUACCAUCGAUGGUACAGUGUAUUACCUAGAUCACAACCGGCGUGUAACAACAUUUGACCACCCAAUCACAGGGCAGCCCCUCAUGAAAAGUGGGGACAGGUUUGGGACUCUGAUUAGCCCGGGAAUGGGUGGCCCUGCUCGCAAGGGGAGUGGAAAGGCUCGUGGCAUUAAGACCCCAUCGGCAGCCCGCGGUGAAAACUCAAAGGUCAUUCUGCGAGGGUGGCUCCAGAAACAGGAUAGUGGAGCUUUAAAACUGUGGAAAAAGAAAUGGUGUGUGUUAGCAGACUUUGGCCUGUUCUUCUACAAGGACGAGGGUGAGUCCAACUGUAUAGGCUCUAUCCUGCUGCCCAGCUAUGACAUCAAACAGUGCAAGGCCAACGAAGUGAACAAGAAAUUCGCCUUCAAGGCCGAGCAUGAAAACAUGAAGACGUUUUACUUUGCUGCGGAUAACCAGGUGGAAAUGGACAAAUGGGUUGAGGCUCUCAGAAUGGCCUCACUGGUUCAGAGGGCCCCAGGGUCAGGACACUUGCCAAAGCUGAUCCCUAAAUCACCGAUCAUGAGCUGGGAUGAUGAUGUAGACAGUCCUGGUAUUUCCCCGCCAGAUAUGCAACAGUACCCAUUCUCUGGUAACCAUGGUGAGACAUCUAAACGCAGGGGGCCAGACAUGGACUCUAGCUUCCAGGACAGGCAGUCAUUACAGCCUAGCCUAAACCUCCAGAAUUAUGGGGACCCAUACCAAGGUCAAGGCCAACAAAAUGACUACAGACCUGGUAAUGGGUUUGGGACAUUCCCACGCAACGAUAGAGGGCAGGGUCAAGGACCCAGGUCCACUAAUGGUUAUGGACCAAGUGACCCGAGAUACCCUCCUGAUAGAAUGGACAGAAACAGAGGGUCUCAGAGGUCAAAUCUUAGCCAAGGUCACAGUGUGCACGAUGACCAAAGAUCAAUGUCAAGUCAAAGAUCAAAUCAAUACCCAUCAAAUACAAUGCCACGGAACAUGAGGCCAAAUCAGUUUGAUAAUAGUGUGAGGCCAAACCAGCUGGAUUCGAGUAUGAGAAGUGUAGGGUCACAGAGAAGUCAAGGUUACAACUCCCUGCCUAGAGACUCAAGGUCACAGUUAGGUCCUCCAAUUGAGGGUCAGGACAGGCCAUAUGGGCACUCAUCACCAAGACAACCACCCCCAAACCAAACUGCCAUGAAGGGGAAGGAAGACAACCCCUACAUGAUGAUGACCCCUCAUAGCCAACAAAGAAAUGAGAGGAAAAUGGACCCCCUUAAACACAGUAACCGACCCCUACCACAGGAACCACCUCCGGAGCCGUUAAAAGAAAAAGGACGUUCAGGGGGAGGUGACUACGCAAGUCUCACACGCAUUAGAGAAAAAUGGCCCAAUCAGCAGUUGUCGGACAGACCAGGUGUUGAGGCCCCAAUUGAUCGUGAGGAAGACCAGCCUGUACUGUCACCAACCCAGCAGAGGAGGCCUGACCUUUACGUUGACGUCCCACAUACGUACGUCAACGUGUACGACGAGUCACAAGUCAGGAACAGAGACCAGCCCCCUGAGCUGCCGUCCCGCCCACCCCUGCCUGUAGAGAUGAGACCCAAACUCGUAGAAGACAUCGCCAGUUCUCGUUCUCCUAACACACAGAAGGAGAUGCUUAUGGCAGAACGCAACCUGGAAACCCGCAUGCAACAGCCAUCAUUCUUCAAUUACCCAACACCAACUCGUGAAUCUCUCCCUGCUUUCCCGCAAAACCAGGACAGUCCACGGUCCCAGUAUUCCCAAAGGUCACAGAGGUCAAAUGAGCAAAGGUCACAGCAGCCCUCAUUGCCACAGCGACCAGAUUUAGGUGGUGUGUCUAGUUUGCCAGAAAACCAAGGGCACUACAAUGUGAAUGACCCCUAUAUAAAACCACAACACAGCCACAUGUAUGACCAUAAAGAUAGUGCCAUGCUCUCAGGUCACUUAGAUGGAAGUGAUGCCACUUUAACAAAUGAAGAUGAACGUAAUGACAAAAUCAGUGAGUUCUAUGGUUUAGGAAAGUACAAUCCAAAGAAUGCAGACAAUAGAAAAGACAAGAAUCGAUUCAUGUCUGACAUGGAUGUGCGAGCGAACACUCUGCCAUCUCAGCCAAUAUCAGGAGUGACAGGAGAGAAGGAUUUCCGACUCAGAAGUCUACCUGACCACGUCCAGUCCAUGCCUGCUUUGUACCAUGAGCAGCAGCCCCUUUCGAUAGUUGUAUCUGACCGGAACCAGGUGAUCAACAGUUACAUGAACCUGACCCCUAACACCAGUCAUGUGUCAGAGGACCCAUCUAUGAGCAGAUCUGACGAGAAUACGGAGAGAAAGUCUGCAUUCCGACGCCUUUCCUCCUCCGGCAGCAAUUCUCUCCAGCGCAUUCCCAGUGGAGACAUGGGGUCCAUGUCCAGUGGCUACCCUAGUCUUGGUCACUCAGGAGAUUACAGUAAAUCACAGCGCUACCCUGAUCAGGAAUACAUACAGCCUCAAAAGGCAAUGCCUGCAAGCUCGCAGAUGUCUCAGAAUAAAUAUCCAUGGAAACAAGAUACACAACAAAGAAAGCCAAAUGGCCCAGUGGCACCAGGCUUCACGGGCGGUCAAGGUCAGAAGGGUAAACGAUCAGCUGCUCCUAUACAGACUGUGAAGGAGGAGCCAGAUAUGCCAGACUCACAAGUCCUGCAAACAGAUCUUCCGAAGCGUAACUUCCUGCUGGAUGGUCCAAGACUAAGAAUGAGUAUAUCAGCAACAGACCUGCUGGGAAAAACUCAUGAUGAGCUGGUACUGCUACUGAUCCAGCUACGCCGUGACAAGGCCGACCUGACCGAGCAGCGUGAUUCCAUCAGGAAAAUCAAUGAGCAGAACAGACCUGCUGAGUUCUACUACAGGAAGAUGCUGGAGGAGGGUCGUGCUAUGGAUGGGGAGAAAGAGGCACAGCACCGGCAGUACCAGGAUACGAAACACAAACUCGAGGAUGUUGAGAAAAAGCUGGAGGUGUACAAGCCACUGGUAAACCUGGUAUGUAACAUGGUCACCAUGGGCAGUCUGUACGGUGGCGACAACUUCAUGCUUGCAACAGAAUACAGGAAGCACUUGCUGUCCCCGGAGCAGUACUCUCCUCCAAAGAAGAUGCUAGAGUUUUCACGGCGUAACCAGGAGGAGCAGAUCGUUAAGGGGAUAGAGGAAGAUGUGAGGCACCUCACCGAGGAACAGGCUGACUUAGAGAGUAAAGAGUUGGAGGAGAAGCUGGAGCGGCUGUACAGUCUUGACCGAGUGAUGCAGGACCAAUCCUUCCAGGUCACCUCCCUCAAGGAGGACAGGGAGAUGCUAGAGAAGGCGUUGGGCGGCCUGUUGAAGAAGCAGGACCAGCACUGCACGAACCCUCGUGAGCUGGACGUCCUUAUACAGCAGCAGAAAACCAUUGAGAGGGAACUCUCCCGUGUCCUUCAACAGCUGGCUGAGGCUUCCAAGGAGCUGGAGGAGACGACGGCUGAGAACAACAAGUUGGAACACGAAGUUGCCUUGCUCAGGUCCAAGGUGCACGGCAACGUCUCACGCAGCAAGAGUGCUCCUGCACUGUCGAGCGAGUCUCUGCGUACGAAGAUGAAGAUGGAGAAGGAUCUUGCCCGGGUGAAGAACAUCAUGGCAGGGCUCUCCCAGGAAGGAGCCCGCCUUCAGGAGAUGAUCUCAACACUCAAGAAGCCCAGACCCGGAGAACCGGGCAUAGCCUCAUCACAGGGACAGGAUCAGCAGGACUCUGGGAGACAACAAGGCAGGGAGGGAUCAACAUACUUUGAGACAGACCUUGACUCUGGGGAAUCAAAGGACCUUGGGCAGGUAACAGCCCUCCUUGCCUCAUUUCCACGGGCAGGUCAGUCCCCGGGCAUCAGCAGUCCACCUUCCAGUGUUGAGCAGGGGACCAGCGCAUUCAGAACAGUGAGCCCAUCAAGCCGAGAUGUUGAGAGAACAUUCCAUGCCUCCCCUGUCCAGGCCUCCCCUGUCCAUGCCUCCCCAGUGCGAGCCUCCCCUGUCCAGGCGACCAUUCAGGCAGCCACCCAACAACAACUAGAGACAAAUGUGGAGAUGGAUGGCUCCCCCAACCAGUGGGACAUCGGAGAUGCCGACGACAACACCAAGAGAUUCUUCGGGUUGAUACCAAAGAAUCUGCCAAAACAGCAAACUGUGAGAGAUGUGAAGAGGAAUGCUGAGGCCCGGAAAAAGAAGGAAGAUGAUCCACCCCCGCUUCGUGUUGGCGUUAUUCCCUCAGAUUAUAGUGACUCCGUCAACCAUGUAUAUGAAAACCUUCCCCAGCAGAAGACAGCACCUGCAGAUGAUACAGAAGAGAAAAAGCCAUGGGCACCAUCUGUGAAUACAGAUGUGGCAAACCCCUCCGGCACUCAAAGAAGAAGAUCUAAUCUGCACUUAAUGACUCCUAAACCUUUUUCUUUGAACAGUAAACCUACUCCUUUCACUAGUGUAUAUACAUCUUUCUCUACUGCAAGCCAGAUUCUUCCCCAAACAGAUGCACCUUUACUUAAUCAUAAUACUCAGUUAAGCCAAUCACAGCCUUCAUUUGAAACUAUGAAUUUUGAAAAGAGCCAAUCAAACGCAACUUAUAAACCCACAGAGCCAAUCAAAAUGCAGCAUACAAACAAGACCCCACCUCCUCCACCAGUGAGAGACUCCAGUAGAUAUAGAACAUCUGAGGUGAAUCCACAGAGUUUCCAGGACCUUUUUGCAAAAUCUCCUACAAACAGAAACUUUGACCCCCCUGUACCUUCUAUACUGAAGAAAGGCAAGAACAACCGAGCAUUGAACAAAGGUCGCUAUAUGACAAUAUCGAGUUCAGAGCCAGUGAAACUAGAGAAGAGCUCACCACAGUCACCUAAACUCCACAGCCAGGCUGGGGAUCUCAUUUCUUCAAUGGAUGUUCCUGACAUUGUGAAGAGCUCUCGUGCACGGGAUGAACAAAUUGAUGAGCGCACCAUUGAGAGAGAGAUUUUGUAUUUCCCUGAGAAAGUUACGAUUCCUGAGCGAUACAUGCCAGACUCGGAUGACGAGAGCGUCACUGAGGAUGAGAAGGCCGCAAGGAGAGAAAAGGCUGACAAGAUCAAACGCAUCCUUACUCAACAGAGCGUUCACUCCCUGUCACAGCCCGACGUGAGCAAGGUGGCAGGGGAGGUGCACGAGAGAGUGGAGCGCGAAAAAGAGAAGCGCGCGCUGCUGCUCGGUAUCAACCAGGAGCUUGCAGAACAGGUCAAACGCAAGUCACUGCAGUACGCAGCUGAGCGUAGGAAGACGUGGUCAGGCUCAACCAACAAGCAAGACAUGAAUACCUCAGAGCACCUCGCGGAGAGCGACACGGAGAAACAGGGCGACGACAACAACAACUCGUUCCUGUCCCCCAACCCUAAACACACCAGAAGCCCUCUCGACCCCAAGAACUCAACACCAAACAGCAACAGCUACUUGAGCACCAACAACAUUAGCUAUACAAGUCCUAUAAAUAGUUACUAUGACAAAAGUAGCCCUCGUAAAGAUGAAAAUAGUUAUGCUGAUAGUUAUGGUAAUGAGAAUUUGAGUGGCCAUUACAAUGGAAAUGAGUACUCAAGGGAGGACAACCCAUACAAUAAUCAGUAUAGUGGAGAAGGUGUGGAGGAGUAUUCAAGAGGAGAUAACUCGGAUAGAUACGAAGGUGGUGGUCAGUCUAGCGGAUAUUCACAUAACAUGUUCACUUCUACCUCAUAUGCAGACAGACCUAAUUUCAAAAUUUAAUCAGAUAUAUAUUAUGCAGCAGGUCAUUUGUAGAUAUUAAGAAAUUGUAAUAUAAAUGUGCUGAAAAGGUUAUUAAAUUGUAUUAGAAUGCCAAGAGUUCUUUGGCUAAAAAUUAUAUUUUUUAUUUGUUGUAUUUUUUUUUUAUAUUUUAUGUAUUUCUUUUCAUUAAUAUGAUAUAGUUCUUUUAUAAAUUUUAUGAACACUGAUUGGAACAAAUAGGAUAUGAUUGUUUAUACAAUCAUAUAUUUGUACUUUGGGAUUUGAACUCAUGUGUAUUAUAAUUGUCUGAUAAAAACAGUUUUAUAUUAUACAUGAUGUAUUUAAAUGCCAUUAUUUAGCUUGAAUAAGCUUACAGAAGCUUACAGCUUUUAAAGAGCUUUUAUCAUUUCGUAUUUUAUUGUUUUUGGUUGAUAUAUUAAAGUUUUAAUAUCAUUUGUUGGUCAGUAUAUUUUAGGAUUAUUUUAUACAUGUAGCUUUAGUGUCGAAACUAAAUAUUGAGAUGAACAUUAAGAAUGGAAGUAAGCUUCAAUAAGAUUUGUUCUCUCCUUUCAACCCGUCAUACAAUUAUGUAUUCAAUUAGUACUUCAUAAGACUUCUUUCAUUACAUGACAAUGCCCCAUAUUAUCAACAAAUCUAGCGUAUGAUCACUUUUUUGAUGAUUUAUUGCUGAUUGGUAAUAAUGUUCUUUUGUUUUGUUUUUGUCAGUUCAGAUAAACUUUAAUAUCAUUUGCAAUUCAAAUGUUCAAUUAAAUUGUAACAUGGACAUGAUAUGAUAUUUUAACUGAAAAUCUGGAUCUAAUAAUAAUCUGUUUAAUGCUCGUUGAUAAGAUUGCCCCGAUAUAUUUGGGCUCCCUUCUGAUAACAUGUAUGAUUUUGAUUUUUAUGUGAUAAACAAAACGAACAUUUACAAAAAGCCUUUUUUUCAUUAGUAACUCUAGCAUGUAAUUGUUAUAAUUUUGAUACUGGUUAUUUAUAAAUAUUUUUUGUGGCAAUAUCUGUUUCCAUUGUUUACAUGUGGAUCAUUUGUAUGAAUAUCAGAUUUAUAUUUCUUCAUAUUAAUUGUACGAGAUCUGUUGUUCAUUAUCAUCCUCAUCCUUAUAAUGAUCAUCAUGAUCAUUAGUAAACUAUGUUGUAACAUGACAUCAGACAUUAUGUUGUAACAUGACAUCAGACAUUAUGUUGUAACAUGACAUCAGACAUUAUGUUGUAACAUGACAUCAGACAUUAUGUUGUAACAUGACAUCAGACAUUAUGUUGUAACAUGACAUCAGACAUUAUGUUGUAACAUGACAUCAGACAUAUGUUGAUGUUUCAAGUGUAAAUAUUAAAAGAGCUAUGCAAAGAAUGUCGUACAGGUGAUAUUAUUUACUUUAAGGAGAUCUUUGAUUCCAUUUUAAUGUUUCUAUGUAUGUAUUUUCAUGUUACGAUUUACAGUUUUAUUCAUUAACUGUUAAAAGAAUUAUAUUUUAUACAUGAUGAGCUUAACCCUUUAUACAGAUGUAUAUCUAGGAAAAUAAAAGAAAGGAAGUCA